AUGACAAGUAAUAAUAAUAAUAGAAUAUUUUUUAUACUUUUUAGAAAUAUAGUAAUUAGAAAAGUAAUAUUUGAUGGAAUUAAAACAAAUGAUAGAAAUGUAUACAACAGGUCGUUGUCUGCUCAAAGUUUAAAGAAUAGACGAUAUCAUAUGAUUAAAUCGGCCGAUUGGAUUGUGCGCAAUGGCUACUUUUCAUUAUUGCGUGAAAAGAUUCGGAUGGAUGACCAUCUCAUCUACUCACCAGAGUUUGGAAGGCUGCUAUCAAGCAAUCUGUUUGACUUGGUACUCUUUCAAUGGAUCUAUGAAAGGAAGCCACACUUGUUUGCUGUGACUCGGUCGUCAUCGUCUGGUUCGACAGCACCACUGCUCGAGUGUGCUUGUGAGAGUGGGAACAUAGCGGUUGUAAGAUUCUAUGUUGAAAAGGUUGGAUGGAGACCCACCACAUCAUCAUGUAUAGAAAAGGCAAUUGACAAGGACCACUACGAGGUUGUACGAUACCUGGUGGAUCGGUGCAAUCAAAUCAUCGACCCUACUCUGAUUGCUCGUAGUGUAAGAUUAUCAGCUGCCAAAACCAUCCGAUUCUUUGUUGAAAGAAGUUUACCUUCAAUACUACGUGACAACAAUUCAAUCAAUCAAUAUGAAUACUUGUUUCUUUUAAAUAUUGAUUAUCCCGCAUUUCAAAAAGUCUACAACAACAAUAACAACAAUAACAACAACAAUUCUUCCUCAUCUCCAUUUAACUGGAAGGCUCCAGCACGUUUAGCCAACUAUCAUCAAUACCUAAGAUUAUUGGCAGAUUAUAAUCAUUUUAAAUAUUAUCCAAAUACUUUGGAUCAUUUUAGAAUCAUUGAUCAUAUUGAAACAUUUUUAAAUCCAAAGACAAAGUUUCAUCUUUUAAUUCAAAAGUCAAAGGAGGAGCAGGAGGAAGAGCAGCAAAAGGAACAAGUUACUCAAUCAUCAUCAUCAUUACAAAGAGUGGAUUAUCAAUACUUUAUUAAAUGGUUAAUUAAUAGUAACAUUAGUAUCAUAUACAACUCAAAUGCAUUUGAAGUUAUAAUGAAAGGUGCAAUAGUGACGAAAGAUUUGGAGUUGGUAGAAAUGUUAAAAACAAAGAAAUUGUAUAGGUCAUCUGUCGAUUACCAAGAUUUCUCAUUUGAACAUGAAUCGUUAGAGGUGACAAGAUACUUGGUAAAUAAUAGUAUUGGUAGUGCGCCAACACUUGCUUGUAUCUAUAAUCUAGUGACAAACAAGUAUGUUCAAUCGUUACGUCCCUUUUUGGCAAAGGUACAUGUAAGGUAUGCAGUUGGAUUGAUUGCACAUUUGCUAACGAGAACGACGUACAAGGAGAUACUAUUGUUUGCAGCCAAGGAAGAGUGUGGUGUCAUCUUUGAACUGUUAAUGGAAAUGCCCGAAUCAAAGCACCUAAAGACUCUUACUCACCAUGCCUCUGUUGAAAGCCUCGUUUCAUCGUAUCGUGUCGAUAUGAAUUCUGUAGUUCCAAGACUCCUCCAACUCAUCAUCGAUCAUCGAAACGACCAACUUUUUGCUCGUCUCAUCACAAAAUAUGCCAAACCAAAGAUCCCUCAACUUACCAUCUUGGUAUCACGUGCAUUCAUUGCCGGUGACAUGGCGACAUUUGAAUUGCUGCAGACAAAGUAUUUUGGCGUAGAAAGUACCAAGACAUUGGCUCAAUUGGACAGCGACCUAACCAGUUAUCUUGGCCAACUGGGUGAUAUUCAAGUAUGUGAUCAUCUUCUUAUUCAUAAACCCAGACAGAAAAAGGAUGUCCUACAAUCGGCCGUAGCAGCCGGCCAAGAAAAAUUGGUCAAUCAUCUAGUUCGUACAAUGUUGACGGAAAUCAAGGCACUUACACAAGCUGCUAUCCUUGCCGCGAGUAUAGGUCACCUUCCAAUCCUCAAAAUAUUGGUUGAAUUAAAUUUAAUACCCCGUGUUAGUAUCCAAUCUAUCCUAGAGUCUUCCAUAGCACUCAAUCGUCUAGAUAUCUUUCAAUAUCUAAUUGUAGACCGUCAUUUUAAAUUGGAACAAUCAAUGUUUGAAACUGGUCAUCCAAACUAUGAUAUUCUUUUAAAAUUAUUGAAACAACAACAAUUAUUAGAUCCUCAACAACUACAAUUACAACAACAUCAACAACAACAACAACAAAAGAAAUAG